UAGGAACGCUUUGCUCGCUGCUUUUUCGUUGGCCGAGCAGAGGAAAUUUAAUAUUUCUAUCUCACUGUAGCGCAAGAUCGGCGCUGAAAAUAUACUGAACAAGUACUGUAGUGCGUGGAAUAUAAGUUUUCGAAGUGUUUAGCACUCACACUUUCGAUUGCGGGAUCUCGGAUAGCGCUAGCCUUAGUAUGGAGAUAGUUAAUCCUAACGCGGCUAUCCUCACGAAUUAUGAGGUGAUGGCGGCGCUUAAAAACAUGAAGAGCAACAAAACAAAGUACGGACUUCGCAAUCUGGCCACCAUCACGUACGAGACGGUGCAGUAUCUGGAGGACACUGCGUGCAAGGAGCAAACGCAGGUCGGCAUCGUCGAGUUCCUGCAAGCGAUGAAGCAGUUCAACCUGACCAAGAACGAGUGCCUGAUGAUGGUGAACGAUCCACCAUCUUCACCGCUGCACAUUCAGCUCAUGAUCGAGGACUCGGAUGAGCGGCUAACGGAGGAGCAGGUUACACGCAUCCUAGAACUGGCGGCCAAACUUCGCCUCCCACCGGAGACGGCAGGGUCAGUGUCCGCUGAUGACGGGCGGUGAUUCAAAGGCUGCGGGA